AUUUUAACUGGAAAUUACAACUCUUAAAACACCUGAAACAGUUAAGAAGGGCUUCUAUAUCAUAUGCACAGUUUUGUAGAGCCAGGAACAAGAAAGGAGGUUGAGCUACUUGACUUAAGACAUCCAAUCUGAGUAGUGUUUUGACUUUCAGUUGUUACCUGAAAUCAGAUUUCCAGUUGUGAGGAAAUAACUGCUUAUGAUACAAAUCAAGCUUUCUGUGCAAGUCCUGGAGACUUUGAGUUUACUUCCUGGUGUCUCUCUUUGAUGGUUGCUGAAGAGCUACCUCAUCAUUCAGCUAGACUUUUUUAAAGAAUUUGAAGGAGACAUCGGAUAGCAACUCUUUCUGUGCUUGCUUAACUGCAGGCCCAGAAACUCCAAACCUAGAAGAGCAAAUAAAGAAACCCAAACCAUUUCUGCCACUCCUUUACAUCUCUUGAUGAAUUGUCCCUCUAUCUGGUGCCAGUUCAAGCCCUAUCUGGAGCGUUGCUGCAAGCUCUCAUCUUUUUUGGAACUGCUUUCAGUGGAAAAAAGAAAAGAAAAGGAAGUUAAAGGACUUAUGAAAAAGUCAAGACUGCUGUGUCCUUGAUAACUGUGCAUAUUCCCUGUGCAGCAGAGACACUUAAUGAUGAUCUGUGUGAAGAUAGACAAAGCUAUUUUUCUUUUCAGGGGUACAACACAGUGAAAUUCAUCAAGUAAGAGCACAGGCAUUUAGGAAACACCCAGACCAGCACUCUGGAUGUAGUGGAGCCCAUAAAACAGGAGUUUAUGAAACAAGUGAAAUAGUGAAAUUUGGCAAAAAUGGCCUGUGAAUUUAAUCUGAACUUCCUUAAGGAAUUAGAACGAGAGGCUGUUCUGGAAGUCCUGUACCGUGACCAGAUGGUGAGGAAAACAGAGGAGGAAAGAAUAAGGAAGAUGAAACAGCAGCUGCAGCAGCUUCGGUGGAAGGGGGCAAGGAGCACAAGGCAUGAGUUCCAGGAGAGGUGCUGUGCUCGCUGCCAGAAGUCCCUGGGGCUGCUGGUGAACAGAGGCGCCGUGUGCAAUGGCUGCAGCCACCGCGUGUGCGCCGAGUGCCGCGUCUGCCUGAGCCCCUGCCUCUGGAAAUGCACCGUUUGCUAUGCUCACGGAGAUGUGAAAGUGAAGGCUGGUGAAUGGUUCUUUGAGGAACGAGCAAAGAAAUAUCCAGGUGAAGGCAGACAUGAAACAGUUGGUGCAAAGCUCUUGGAAUCUUACCAGAAUCUGAGUAAAAUUUCUGUUGUACCUCCAACUCCACCUCCUUUUGCAGAAUCACCAGCAGGAACCAGUGUGAUGGGUAAUGAACUUGGAGAGUCUAAAAAGUUUAAUAAAUCUGUGGAAAACUUGUUUUUGUCUCUCACAACACAUAUAAAAAAAAUAUCAAAGUCCCAGAAUGAUAUGGCUGACAGAUGUGUCCUAACCACAGAUUAUGGGAAGAAUGUGGAAAGAAGAAAGCAAAGAAGGAGCCAGUCUGACACUGCAAUCAACGUUACAAGCAGGAUGAAAAGUACACCCAGUCUGCAACAGCUCAUCACUGGGGCCCAAAAUGACAGUGAAACUCAGAGCAAAAGUAGUUGCAAGGAAGAAGACAUAACAACCAGUCCCACGAGUGAUGCAGUUUUCUGUGAUGGCAAAAAACAUGGGAGCUUGUAUAGCCUUAGCAGCACUUGCACUGAGUCUGGCAAUUUUGGCAAGGCUAACAUCACAGGAGAAAUAGAGUUUGCCUUAAAAUACGACUUCAAAGCUUGCAUCUUGGAAAUCUGCAUCAAGGGAUGCAAGAACCUGGCUUAUGGAGAGGAGAAGAGGAAAAAGUGUAACCCGUAUGUGAAGGUUUAUUUACUUCCUGAUAAAUCUCCUUGGAGUAAGAGGAAGACAGCUGUCAAAAAGAGCACAGUGGAUCCACAGUUUGAUGAGACUUUGAAGUACAAGAUUGAGCACUCCCAGCUGAGAAGUCGGCAGCUUCAGAUCUCUGUGUGGCAUGCAGGAGCUCUCAAAUACAGGGUGUUUUUGGGGGAAGUGGUGAUUCCUCUGGCAGCAUGGAAUUUUGAGGAGGGCUCGAUGCAGUUUGACUGGUACCCACUCAAACCCAAGCUUGAGAAGCCUGAAGAUCUUGUCCAGUACAGCGCUGAACUCCUCGUGUCUGCAAGGCUGUCGGUACCAGCCCAGUAUCAGAACCUCCAGUCUGAAGGAAACAAAGACCAAGGAGUUCUCAACUGCCAGCUUCAGGUUAUGAUAUUUGGGGCCAAGAACUUGCCCGUGCUGAGAUCUGCUGGAAUGCUGAGCUCCUUUGUUAAAGGUUGUCUUAUCCUUCCAGACCAAGCAGAGGUAAAGCAAAAGUCUCCUGUCCUGAAGAAAGAAGCCUGUCCACAGUGGAAACACUUGUUUGUCUUUGAUGGUGUGACCCCAGCUCAGCUACAGCAAUCAUGUCUGCACCUGACUGUCUGGCACAAGUCAAUUUUCAGCUCAAGUGAUCAGUUCCUAGGAGGAGCCAAGCUUGGUGCAAAGGAAUUCUUUGACUCUAUGGACCUUGCUUCUCAGGGAGUGCUCCAAUGGCAGGAAGUGCUCCACAACCCAAACACAUGGAUGGACUUCACACUUGUACUGCAUUCAAAUAAGGAAAACUUUAAAUCAUGAGAGAUUAUCAGACAAAACCUUUCCUUUCCCAUGUCCGAUGUUUUAAACUGAAGCGGUACAUACGCUUCAGUUCUGGAAAAAGGACAUUGCAAUAGCCCCUGCUCCAGUUAUUUUGGGAAUAGAAUUAUAUGUUUGAACAUGUGUGACAUUCUGAAUGCUUUAUUUCUUCAAAAGUUAAGGCUUUAGCCUGUGUCUCUAGCUGGAGCGUAAGGAUGAUAUUGAUUGGGGAGUGACAGCCUCUGUUUGAGAUGCAUUAUGCUGUCAAAGCAACAGGGGCCGGAAAAUGCGCAGCUUUCCAUUUCCAGGCCUAGCAGAACUGUUACUAUUUUAUUUAAAUCACUUGGACUACUUCUGAGAAAAUAACUGUUACAACAAUAAAGUUACAUUGUUUCACUCUCACAUUGGUGUUUUAGCCACAGAAUGCAAAACCAGCUUAUCUUUGUCUGCUCGCUGCAAAUGGGCGAUGCUAAUUCCUCUGUGCUUCAGCGUUAACCACACUGCCACUUUAUUUCACGUGAUCCUAAAAAGCUUUGGCCUGUGGCCACCUCUCACAAGUGUGUGCUAUAGCCUGGUGCGUAGAAAGUUAAAUGUAUAAAUUCCCUGCCAGUAGCAGGGUGGGCCUACAGCCAAUGGAAUAAGGGUGGGUGCAACAAGUCCCUUCUUAUCAGCUGCCACUGUAGGACAGAAUUAACAGCUCUGAGCCAUAGGGUGAACAGCACAUGACAAAAGUUUAGCUAAGUUUAUCAUUCCUUCAUGUGGACAAGCUUAGGGCCCAACUCCUGUGUCAGUUUGCCUUGCCUUGGGUGUAGCUUUACAGUCAGCAGGAACUUCUUGUGUACAACUCUAACUUGUGUUGCUGUGUUAUACUUUUAGUUCUUUCUUUAAGUAUUCCCCCUUCCUUUCUCGGUCAGUGUGGCUUUUAAGGAUUUGAGAUUUAAAAGCACAGGGACUCAUAAGCUAAGCUCAGGAACUAAAAGAGCAGAAGCACAACUUAAUCAAAAUACACUCCACACAAGAAACACUCUACUCCAUCGCCUUUGUUACUUUGCAGA